AUGCAAGGUAGAGGUGACAGGCCGCAACCUGAGACACGCAUCCCCGACCAUGCCGAGGACGAAGGUGUGGAUGAAUCGGAUGAAUCGACUAUCUCGGAGCUGAAUUGCAUGCUACGGCCGGUUUGGCAAAAAACAUUGGACUGCGAUCUGAAGAGCGCAUGUCAAAUGAACGUAUUCCAUGCCCGAAUCUACACGAUGCGACCAGGAACCGGACAGCGAAUCUAUCUGGGUGAAACACAUACGACAACUGAAAGUCAUGAUUCAGCGGAAUACAACUCUGGGACAACAUCGAAAAGUAACCAGUUUCCGGAAGUCACGGAAUUUGAUGUUACUCAUCUCCUACCCGUAUGGGCACUGGUCGUACGACCGGUUCAUGAGGCGGGUGCUAGAGGAGGAGGUGGUGGUUCGAAUAGUCAAAUUCCUGCAGCCUACAUUCACUACGAUGGAUACACUGGGCGUCCACAUCUUGUUGGCCGUUGGCCCGGACGGGUGAUGCUUGGCCUGGUUGCCACACUUGAUGAUUCUCAACCCCUAGCUAGCACUUAUGUGGAUAUUGGCGGUCGAGGCCAGAAUGAAAAUCGGGGCAGCAGUGAAGAUGGCGUGAUCAUGGAAGAGACUGUUAGCGUUGUCGCUAUUCGUGCCGAAUGCGUGGUGAGUGAAUACAAUGUAUUCUCUUCUUUAGUAGGGCAAAUCCCAAGUCGAAUUAUUCAUCCGAUUCUAUCUGAUUGA